ACCAUCGAGCGCCAAAGUUAUCAGACUGAGGCAGUGGAUGAGUGUAAGGCAGCGUUGCCGUGGUCCUCGUCUACUUGAUUGUUGGUGCCACUAAUAAUUGCGGUGUGUCAGCAACCCACAGUUGUACAGAGAAGUGACCCAAACUUCUCGAACACUCUCCACAAGAUUGCCCAAAGUGCCCUCCAGGAUGGACAAAAAACGGCAGCAAGAAAAAGGCAAUGAUGCUUCCUCAAAGAAGUCACGGGUUGAGGAAGAGGAAGACGACAUGGAGUGUGACUUUGACUUUGGUGGCGUGGACUUUGAUGAAGAGAUGACCAGCCAGGAGAGUGAAGAGCUGCUGCAGAAUGGAGGAGCAGCAGUGGAUGAUGAGGAUGGGAAGGACACCUGGGUGCGCCCCUCACUGCCACCCCUCAACCCACAGCAACAGUCCCUUGUCUUUCAGCAGAUAGAGAUUGACCACUACAUUGGGUUUCCCAUGAAGGGCAUGCCAGGGCAGCAAGCGGGUCGGGUGCCUGUCAUGCGCUUGUUUGGGGUCAAUGAUGCUGGCAACUCAGUGUGCUGUCAUGUGCAUGGAUUUUCCCCUUACUUCUAUGUCACUUGUUCUGCUGUAUUCAAGGACACUCAUCUGGCAGACUUCAAGAAUGCCCUGAAUCGUGCGCUGCUGGAAGACAUGAAGAGCAACCGUGAGCGGAUCAGCGACCCUGUGCUUGCAGUGCAGGUAGUGCAGCGGGAGAGCAUCUAUGGCUACCAUGCCAACCGCUCCUCCAGGUUCCUGCGCAUAACCCUGGCCUUGCCGCGCCUCAUUGCCGCUGCCAAGAGGCUGCUAGGGGAGGGCAAGGUGUUUGUCCCCAACCUUGGCACACCAAUCUAUGAGGCUUAUGAGUCCAACAUUGACUUUGAGAUCAGGUUCAUGGUGGACACACACCUGGUUGGCUGCUGCUGGGUGGAGCUUCCCUCUGGGAGCUGGACUAUCCGGAACAAUGACCUGCAGACUCGUUGUCAACUUGAGGUGGAUGUUGCAUGGAACAAGCUCAUUGUACACGAGCCAGAUGGAGAGUGGGGACGUGUGGCUCCCUUCAGGAUACUCUCCUUUGACAUUGAGUGUGCAGGACGCAAAGUGCUGGACCAAGAGGGAAGAGUCAUUAACUGUGUGUUCCCGGAGGCAGACAAGGAUCCAGUCAUUCAGAUCGGGGCAAUGGUCAUCCGUCAGGGGGAGGCAGAACCUUUUGUGCGCACUAUCUUCACCCUGAAGGAGUGCGCUCCCAUUGUGGGGACACAAGUGCAGUGCUUCAACAAGGAGCUGGACAUGCUGGAGAGCUGGUCAAAGUUUGUACGUGUCACUGAUCCAGACAUCAUCACGGGCUACAACAUAAACAACUUUGAUUUGCCAUACCUCCUGAACCGUGCCAAUGCCCUCAAGUCCUCCACCUUCUCCUACCUGGGGAGAAUCAAGGAUGCCAGGUCGGCCAUCAAGGAGGCAGUGCUGCAGAGCAAACAGAUGGGCCGCCGAGAGAACAAGUCCAUCAACAUUGAGGGUCGCUGCCAGUUUGACCUCCUGAUGGUGCUGGUCAGGGACUACAAGCUGCGGUCAUACACCCUCAAUGCAGUAUCCUACCACUUCCUGCAAGAGCAAAAAGAAGAUGUUCAUCACUCCAUCAUCUCAGACCUACAAGCAGGAAACCCUCAGACCCGUAGAAGACUGGCUGUAUACUGCCUGAAGGACACACUGCUGCCGCUGCGUCUCCUGGACAAGCUGAUGUGUGUCAUUAACUACAUGGAGAUGGCCAGGGUGACGGGAGUACCGCUGUCUUACUUGCUCACACGGGGCCAGCAGAUCAAGGUGGUUUCACAGCUCCUGAGAAAGGCAAUGGAACAGAACUUGGUGUUGCCGGUUCACAAAGGCACUGGAGAUGAUGAGUUUGAGGGAGCCACAGUCAUUGAGCCUCGCAAGGGUUACUACAGUCAGCCCAUUGCCACCCUGGAUUUCUCAUCUCUAUACCCGUCCAUCAUGAUGGCUCACAACCUGUGCUACACCACUCUGCUGUCUGGUCCAGAGAGGGCACAGGAGUAUGGACUGACACCUGAAGACUUCAUCAAGACACCUACAGGAAACUACUUUGUCAAAUCCCACAAACGGAAGGGUCUGCUGCCAGAGAUCUUGGAGUCCCUGCUCUCUGCCCGUAAGAAGGCCAAGAAUGACCUCAAGAAGGAGACUGACCCCCUGAGGAAGAAGGUGCUGGAUGGCCGUCAGCUUGCCCUCAAGAUUUCUGCCAACUCUGUGUAUGGGUUUACAGGUGCACAGGUUGGAAAGCUGCCCUGCCUUGAGAUCUCUCAGAGUGUGACUUCCUUUGGGCGCACCAUGAUUGCAUUCACCAAGGAGCGAGUGGAGGAGAAGUUCACCAUCGCCAAUGGCUACUCUCAUAAUGCUGAGGUUAUCUACGGAGACACUGACUCUGUGAUGAUCUUGUUCGGGGUGGAGACAGUGGCAGAGGCGAUGGUGCUGGGGAAUGAGGCAGCAAGCUAUGUGACAGAGAAAUUCGUGAAGCCCAUCAAGCUGGAGUUUGAAAAGGUAUAUUUCCCGUACCUGUUGAUUAACAAGAAGAGGUAUGCAGGCUUGUACUUUACACGUGCUGAAACUCAUGACAAGAUGGACUGCAAGGGUAUAGAGACAGUGCGGCGUGAUAAUGCUCCCAUCGUGGCCAAUCUCAUCAACACCUGUCUGCAGAAGAUUCUGAUUGAGCGCAACCCGUCAGGAGCCGUGGCCUACGCUAAACAGGUCAUAUCAGAUUUGUUGUGCAACCGCAUUGACAUAUCCCAGCUGGUGAUCACCAAGGAGCUUACCAAGACGGAGAAGGAGUACGCAGCCAAGCAGGCCCACGUGGAGCUGGCCAACAAGAUGAAGAAGAGGGACGCCGGCACGGCCCCCAAGCUGGGUGACCGAGUGCCAUAUGUCAUCAUAUCCGGGGCGAAGGGGACACCUGCAUAUGAGAAGGCUGAGGACCCCAUCUAUGUGCUGGAGAACAGUCUUCCCAUUGACUAUGAGUACUACCUCUCCAAUCAACUCAGCAAGCCCCUCCUCAGGAUCUUUGAGCCCAUACUUGGGGAGAAGGCUGAGUCUCAGCUUCUUAAGGGUGACCACACUCGCUCCCGCAUCAUCUCCCACAGUAAGGUGGGAGCAAUGGCAAAGUUCAUCACCAAGAAAGCUUCAUGUAUAGGAUGCAAAGUGCCAGUGCCCUCUUCCUCUGAGGCACUCUGCAAACACUGCAAGGCGCGGGAGAGUGAGGUGUACAUCAAGCAGACUGCUGUGCUGGGGGACAUGGAGCAGAAGUUCUCAGAGCUCUGGACUCAGUGUCAGAGAUGUCAAGGCUCCAUUCAUGAGGAGGUCAUCUGUACCAGCCGAGACUGUCCCAUCUUCUACAUGAGGAGGAAGGUGCAGCUUGAGUUGGUGGAGCAAGAGAAAGUCCUACAAAGGUUUGGCAUCCCUUCCUGGUAGCCAACCUCUGUGUGUUUGUAUUGUAUGUACUAUAUUUUCAUGUAAUGUGUAUAUACUUACCUCAGGAAACAAAAUAGUGAGCAAUUUUGCAAAGAAGAGACUUUGCUGAGACUCCAUAACUUAGUUGUGCACUGCAGCUUGAUUUUGAAAGGUGAGUACAUUUGUAUUCCGUUUGUGGCGUAAACAGUUAUGAAGUGUUGAAUAAGGUGACGUGAAACCAUCUCUUUUGUUUUUACAUCUAUUGAGACAGUAUGGGAUGUCUUGUUUCAGUGGCUCCUCAUAAGGGAAAUGCUAAUCUGAAUCUGGCAUAAAAAUGGAUCUGAGAGGUUUCAUGUAGUAUCUAAUAUUUUGUGGUGGCUAUCCACACCUCCCACCCAGCAGAGGGAAUAAGUGCCUUUGUUCUGUGUGAUGUGAUUGUAUGUCUUGAAAAAUGUUAUAUUUCUUUGGAAUUUAAUAACUAUAAUAAGAACAAAGAUAUAUAAAAUAUUUUUAUACCGUAUCCUAACUUGUGAUAUGAGAGCAUGUGGAAAGGUGGUAAGGAAACCCAGGCUGGGCUAGAAUACUUUAUUCUCUAAUGUUUGAUCUAGAAACCUUCUUCAGAGAGAAUUCUCUCCAAAAAAAAAAGGCCUCUAGGUCAAAACGUUAGAGAAUGAAAUAUUCUAACCCAGCCUGGGUUUCCUUACCAUCUUUCCACUCAUUUGUCUUACAACUACACAACAUGAUUGCAUGUCUUGAAUUAUGUUAUACUUUGGAAUGUAAUAAGUAUCAUAACAGUGAUAUGUAAAAGUUUUAUAUACCAUAUAACAUAUAUUACCACUUGAUAAUCUGUUUUAUUCAUGCUAUCAGAUUUAUAAAAGGGUGGAUGGAAAUUGUAGUAUAUACAGGCAGAAGCUCUCUUAUUUUUGUACUUUGGACUGGAAUUUUUUUUUUUUUUUUAUAUUUUGGUCUUCAAGGCAUUGAAUGCAAUGGUGACCUGAUUCUGGGAUUUGCCAUUGUUGAGAUUCACUGCACUGGUGUUGGCAUCCUGAAUGUAAUAAGAUUUCAUUUGUAACAAAAUUGCAGCAUGUCCUAUCAUGAAUAGAUAUCUCAUUAUAUCUUACCCUCAGACUACAUGAAAAAGUGGUUAACAUCAAACAGCUAGUAUUGCAAAGUACCUCUUCAAAACAUAAAUGCUUUGAAGACAAAUGAAGGGGAAAAAAAAAUAAUAAAAAAAGUGAAAAGAAUUAGUAAAUAGCAGAAAACACAAAAUAAAGAGCAAAUCAUGAGAUGAAGUGACAAUAGCAAAGUGACUCUCGACACUGCAAGGUAACAUUGUCCCUGUCCCUUGAUGCAAGUGUUGCUCUGUCUUGUAGUGUGUACUGUGCAUGAUGGUGUUCAGACAUUGACUUUGAACUAUGAAUAGUAUGCAGUAAUAUAUAUUAAGGGUUCAUUGUGCUGCACAGGAAGUAAGACUAUUGAGCUAACUUUACAUCACAAAUUGUGUCACUAUAAUUGUAAUCAUAUUUGUAUUUGAUAUUAAAUUAUCGACUUGUUUUUAAU